ACACCCUAACAUUGGUUGCUAGGAGCUAACAUCCUCCGGCCUAAAGCAGUCUCUGUUCUUGGUUCAGCUCUGCUUCUUCUUGUUCUUCUUCGAUCUCCAUAUAUGCAAACAAGAGAGACACUUAAAUAAUGUUGGGAAUAAAUCUUUUCAGGCGCAAUCCAGAGAUUAUACGCGAAUCUCAGCGACGGCGGUUUGCUAAUGUUGAACUUGUUGAUAAAAUCAUUCACCUUUAUGAAGAAUGGAAAAGCCGUCAAUUCGAGCUGGAACAGUUUCGAAAGGAUUUCAACAAGAUCAACAAAGAAGUCGCCAAACUCAGAAUUGCAGGACAAGAUGCGACUUCAUUGAUUAAAGAUACCGAGGAAAACAAGCAAUUGACUGCGAAGAAAGAAGCACAGGUUCAGGAGGCCCAAAGAGCAUUGCAUUCAAAUCUGAAUCUGGUUGGAAAUAUUGUUCAUGACUCUGUUCCCGUUAGCAACGAUGAGGCAGAUAACGAGAUAGUUAGGAGUUGGGGAGAGAAGAGGGAUGAAGCAAAACUGAGAAAUCACGUGGAUCUUGUCGGUCUUCUUGGAAUUGCAGACCUGAAAAGAGGUGCUAGUGUUGCUGGUGGUAGAGGAUAUUAUCUAAAAGGAGAUGGUGUGCGUCUCAAUCAAGCUCUAGUGAAUUUUGGCCUUGAUUUCUUGGAGAAGAAGGGUUACACACUGUUGCAGACUCCAUUCUUCAUGAGAAAAGAUAUCAUGGCCAAAUGUGCUCAAUUAUCACAAUUUGAUGAAGAACUCUACAAGGUAACAGGUGAAGGAGAUGACAAGUACUUGAUUGCUACUGCUGAACAACCACUUUGUGCAUAUCACAUGGAUGAUUGGAUCCAUCCAACACAGCUGCCAUUAAAAUAUGCAGCAUAUUCAUCUUGCUUUCGUAAAGAAGCUGGAUCACAUGGGCGUGACACUCUUGGGAUUUUUCGUGUUCAUCAGUUUGAGAAACUAGAACAGUUCUGCAUCACCAGCCCUAAUGAUAAUGAUUCAUGGGACAUGCAUGAAGAAAUGAUGAAAAACUCAGAGGAGUUUUAUCAGAUGUUGAAACUUCCAUAUCAGGUAGUGUCUGUUGUUUCUGGUGCUUUAAACGAUGCUGCUGCAAAGAAGUAUGAUUUAGAAGCAUGGUUUCCUGCAUCCAGUACUUACAGAGAGCUUGUUUCGUGCUCAAACUGCACUGAUUAUCAAUCAAGAAAACUGGAGAUUAGAUAUGGGCAAAAGAAGAGUAAUGAGGAGACAAAGCAAUAUUGUCAUUUAUUAAAUUCUACCCUCACAGCAACAGAGAGGACUAUAUGCUGUAUACUUGAGAACUACCAGAAAGAAGAUGGUGUUGAAGUGCCAACAGUGCUACAAGGGUUCAUGGGUGGCAAGACUUUCUUGCCUUUUCAAUCCACUGUUAUCAAAGAAACAAAAGGAAAGAAAUCAAAGGCAUAAGUUGUUUCAUUUUUCAAGCUUACAAUUGAAGGUUAGAUACUUGUUCAACAUGCAGAUUGGAGGAUUGUUGGGAAGACACAAAUGGUAACAUAGGCAAUGAGGACGGAUCAUAGGAGAUAGUUCAAUGGCUGCAAGGUUUUCCAUGAUCUAAUUGGAGUCCAAACCACAUAACAUGAAUAAACCACUUUUCUGAUAUGAUAUGUUGAAAGCUAUAUUAUUCUUUAUGUCUAGUCUAUUUAUAUCAAACUCGGACCAAGUAAGAGAUAGUUUUGCUAGUUAAAUAGCUGUUACGAUUGUUUUAAUAGAAACUUUGAUUUGGUGUAAACACAAUUUUAAACCUUAUUUUUAAAGAAAGUUAUCUCCGCAUGUUGAGGAUGAGAAA